AUGGAAAUGCUGGACUACGCCACAGAACACUGGCAGCAGUCUUUUGUCACGAUGGAUUUGCAGGACCUGAAAAGCAUCAAGGCCUUUGCCAUUCGUCCCUUCUUCCUACUUCUGAGCAUUGAUGCACCUUUACGCUGUCGCUAUGAAAGGGUUCCGCAUCAAAGCCUCGACGUCUUCGUUGGCGAGCAUGAUCAACUGAUGUAUGGCCCUGGUUUGGACGGGAAUACGACUGCCUGCCCCUUACAUAGCCUCCGAGAAUACGUGACCCUGCAGAUUGUCAAUGACUUCACCACGAAGGAGGAUCUGUAUUCGCAUCUUGACGAACUGAACUUACUGAACUCCGAUCGACUUCGCCCUAGCUGGGAUACAUACUUCAUGACCCUCAGCGAACUAGCAUCUAUGCGCUCGAAUUGCAUGAAACGACGUGUGGGUGCAAUUCUGGUCCGCGAUAAGCGGAUCGUUGCUACUGGAUACAACGGGACGCCGCGCGGUCUACUGAACUGUAAUGAAGGUGGCUGUACACGAUGCAAUCAUGGCGCCGAUGAAGAUGCAUGCCUUUGUCUACAUGCGGAAGAAAACGCCCUCCUAGAAGCAGGCAGGGAACGUAUUGGCGGUGCGACUUUGUACUGCAAUACAUGUCCUUGUUUGAAAUGCACCAUCAAGAUAAUCCAGGUUGGCGUGAAGGAGGUGGUGUACAACCUAAGUUACAAAGUAGACGACGCGUCGGCUAAGUUAUUUGCCGAGGCCGAUGUCCUCUUGCGCCGACAUGCUUCCCCUCCAUGA